CGACGUACAUUACCGACCAUUCUGCGAACAUCGAAUCACUCGACAACAUGCAAGUCUCGACAAGAUCCGAGUCUUUGACCUUCAUUCUUAAUUUCUUACCACUUAGUACUGUAUAAUACCCAGGUAGGUGGUGUCACCGUGCGGCGCUCACUGACCAUCGCUAGUGCAUGUCACUAGCUGACCAGUGUAGGUACCUGACUAAUACAUAGUCUGUACAUAGGUAGUGCAGUACCGGUAGGCUGACUUUGACAGGGGUAAGUAUACUUACUUACCUCCAAUUCCCAUCCCACAGCCUUCAUUUGAUUCAUUAUUUCCCUCCUUCUCUUUUGCCGCCUUGCCGAUUCUUUGCAUUGCAUAGCAUAGCAUAGCAGAUUUUACUCGCGUACGCAUCAUGCCAGCCAGUCCCCGAACUUGACGAUAGUUCUGCCGAUUGCCAAGAGUCCCGCAGCUAGUCCGUCGAGUGUCAUCAUCGUCAUCUCCGAUAUCCCUGUCGGGGCCGUCCUACUACCGCGCGCGCGACUGCACGCCUACCUCUAUGUGUCUCGUUGCGCCCAUCGCAAACCACCCGCGCAUGUAUGGGCAUAUCUACUAUUGAAGAACCAUGUGGCGGCGCGCAUACUUGCUCCUGAUACUGGUGCGGUUAUGGUUCGCUUUGUCGUCGAGCUACCUUCACCCCGAUGAGAAUUUCCAAGGCCCAGAGGUUAUCGCUGGCCAGAUAUUCAAGUACCCCGUCCGAUUGACCUGGGAAUUCACGAGCGAUCACCCUAUCCGAAGCGUCUUUCCGCUAUGGCCCGUCUAUGGACUGCCUAUGCUCCUUCUGCGAUGGCUGUGGAUUGGUAACGGCCAAGACGGCGAGAUCCCCCCGAUCGCUGUCUUCUGGACGCUGCGCGUGUUGAUGUUCAUCCUCAGCUUCGUGCUAGAAGACUGGGCGAUACAUGAGCUCGUACCUUCGCGGCGACAUCGCCAGGUCGCCGUUUUGCUGGUCGCCUCGUCUUACGUGACUUGGACAUUUCAAACACACACCUUCUCCAACUCAGUCGAGACACUUGUGGUUUUAUGGAGUUUGGUUUUGAUCGAGCGCAUCCUGGAAACUGCUCAAUCAUCUUCCCCGUUGGCAUCGGCCAUUCUUGGCAUGGUCGCGGUCUUUGGCGUUUUCAACAGGAUCACAUUUCCUGCUUUUCUACUAAUCCCUGGAUUUCGCUUGAUACCCCAUUUUAUUAAUAAACCUUUAUCACUUGUCAUUAUGACAACUUCAGCCUUGUUUGCGCUUUUGAUAGCCGUCUCACUUGACACGUCGUUUUACACUCCGCACUCUAUUUCCUGGUUGGAUCUUUAUCGGCACCCUGUUAUCACGCCGUGGAACAACUUACAAUACAAUAUCUCGCCUUCCAAUCUCGCGCAACAUGGAGUUCAUCCUUGGUAUCAGCACUUAUUAGUUAAUCUACCAAUGCUUAUUGGGCCAGCUGUAGUACUUUUGACACAACCACAUUUGUCUUUACGAUUUUAUUCGGCGAUUUCAGGCGUCCUAGUGUUAUCAAUAUUCCAACACCAAGAGGCCCGGUUUCUACUACCGACCAUCCCACUGCUGUUAUCAUCAAUUCGGAUGCCGACAAAAAAUUCAUUACUGAAAGCAUGGAUAGGCGCGUGGAUUGUUUUCAACUUGGCACUAGGCCUGUUGAUGGGAGUAUAUCAUCAAGGUGGAAUAGUACCUGCCCAAGUCUUCCUGAGUAAGCAGCCAGAUGCAACACAAGCUGUCUGGUGGAAGACAUAUAUGCCUCCAAUAUGGCUGUUAAACGGCAAGAAUGAGGUUCUCCAUACCGAGGACGUGGCAGGUAUGGCAGGCAGCACACUGCUGGAAGAGCUUGAGCGGAUAGCGACGUGCGAUACGCCGGCUGAUCGACGCAACCACGAAUAUCUCAAAGAGAAAAACGGCACAUAUUUAAUCGCGCCGCUCUCGACAACGUGGCUAGACCCUUACCUAGAGAAUAAGGGGCUGGACGGUCUACGGUUUAGGGAGGUUUGGAGGUAUAGAAAACACCUCAACCUUGAUGACCUGGACUGGGCUGAGGAUGGCGUUUGGAAUACGCUAAAGAGAGUCAUAGGGAGGCGGGGAUUAGUGGCUUGGAGAGUAACCAAAAGCUGCGGUCGACCCUGAAAAUAAUAAAUCAAGAGUAAUAAAAAUUCCAAAAUUAUCAAACGAGAAAU